AUGAUUUUUUUUUUUUACAAUUUUCUGAUAAGUACACAUUUUACAAACGAAAUUUAUUCCCGAUUUACAGAGUCGAAGGAUCCUGGCAUACCAAAUUUAUGGCCAUUUAAAGAAAAUUUAUUAAACAAAAUUGAACAACAAAAACGAAAGGUUGAAGAAGAGAAAAAUCGACAAAAAGAAGCACGUCAUGCUAAAUUUGAUAAGAAUCGAAAUAUCAAUUUUACAUCUUUAGCCAAUGAUGCAUCUAAGCGAGAUGAAGCUUUUGAAAAAGAAGAAAGCUCAGAAGAGGAAGAUGAUGGUUCAUUUACUCAAAUAGAUUUAGGAACUAAAGAUAAUUCACGGAAAGCUUAUUACAAAGAAUUUCGUAAGGUUAUUGAUGCGGCUGAUGUUAUUUUGGAAGUUUUGGACGCACGUGAUCCUCUCGGUUGUAGGACCAAAGAAGUAGAGAAAAUGAUACUUGACAGUGAACUUGGAAAGAAGAUAAUUCUCGUUCUCAAUAAAAUUGAUCUUGUUCCUAAGGAAAAUGUUGUAGAGUGGCUUGCAUAUUUACGCAAGGAAUAUCCCACAGUCGCUUUCAAAUCUUCUACACAGAAACAACGCAAUAAUUUAGGUCAUCAUGCUAUUACCAAAGUUCAUGAUAAUAUUGCAUCUAGUAGCGAAUGUUUUGGAGCAAGUACAUUAGUCAAACUUCUUAAAAAUUAUUCUCGUAAUCGUGAUAUUAAAACUUCGAUUACUGUUGGGAUAGUCGGAUUUCCCAAUGUCGGGAAAUCUUCUAUCAUAAAUUCGUUAAAACGAUCCAAGGUUUGUGGGGUAGGUGCUACACCAGGCUUGACAAAGUCGAUUCAAGAAAUUCGCUUGGAUAAAAAUGUAAAAUUAUUAGAUUGCCCAGGUAUUAUAUUUAAUAAGGAUAAAGGUGACAAGAAUGCUGAAAUCUUAUUAAGGAAUUUCGAACUCAUUGUUUCACGGUGUACUCCACAACAACUCAUUAAAAGAUAUAAUGUUCCAAUGUUCACAGAUACUAAUGAGUUUCUUAUAGAUAUCGCUCGUCAAAGAGGAAAGUUAAGACGUGGAGGUAUUCCAUGUGUAGAAUCUGCUGCUAGAAUUGUUUUACAAGAUUGGAAUUCAGGGAAGAUACCUUAUUAUACUACACCUCCAGCCAUAUCCAAAAUUAUAAAUAGUGAAAUUGUCACAUCUUGGGGUAAAGAAUUUAAUCUUGAUGAGGUAUGCAAUGAAACUGAAGAUAAAGUCUUCUUAGAUGGUUUAAAAAGCAAAAAUGAUUUUGGGGGAGCUAUAAUAAUGGUAUUUAAAAUUUUCUUUAAAUAA